AUGGCCAUUCUUUCAUGGUGUGAAGCUAGUGAUGGUGAUGGCUGUGGGCAGAUCUUUCCUCACAAGACUCAACCUGGGAUCUGUGCAAAAUGCCAUAAAUUAGCUUCCUUUCAAGCUGGCUCUGCAGACAUCAAGUUAUGGCAGGCAAUGCCACAAUGCAAAGGAUGUGGCAUGGCAUGGAAAAAUUUACAGGGAGAGAUGUGUGGAACUUGUGAAACUGCAUCACCUGCAGCCAACCAAGUUGGUAACUGUGAUAGCAGUGCUGGCACAAGUCAGGUCAUGCAUGAUGCCAUUGAAACUGCAAGGCAAGCAUGGGCAGUGUUAGCUAGUGUCCACUUGCAGAAAUCACCAAAUACAUCUGGAUGUCCAAACACCCUGAACACAACUGCUGGCCUCAAUUAUGCAUGGAAUGGUGGUGGUCAACCAGGCAGUGACAAGAUCAAAAUUGCUAUUGAAGUCCAAAUCAAAGGUGCCUCAAAGCGAAGCAAUGCUGGUGAUGCAUAUGGGAAGUGGAUAAUUACCAAAAGUUUAUUGACCAGCAUGAACAUGUUUGUGGGGAAGUGCCAGAACUGUAACUCAUCAACCACACAAAAAGGUGCAACACGCAUGGUGCCUGAAACAGGUGAAGUUGAAAUUGUGUGGCCAGAUGACAGUGUCAAAACAAUCAAGGGUUUCCUGGGAUCUGAUGCAUUUUCAAAAGGCUGGACAAAGAAGGUUUAUAAGUGGUUUCUGGGCCAUUUCCAUGAACUUGCAAAGCAACAGGGUGUCAGCAUCUUUUCAGAGAUAGUGUUUUCUGAAGGUUUCCUGCUCUGUGAACAUGAGAUGUCAUCUGCUGCAUCUGGUGAAUUGGACCAUGGGAAUUACUAUGGUGGUGCCAUUUGGCUUGUCGAGCCUUGA